GAAAAAGGGAGUAUCUUUUAAUAGCUCAGGGAUGACAUCAUAAUCCUUCUCCCGCAAGACAUCGGAAAUCCAUAUGAAAAUCACCAUCGCUUGGCGAACCCCCUUGCAUAAGAUACCCCAGAUCAACACUGGAAAGGAGAAAUUGGAACAUUUUAGGGCAAAAAUAUGGAUUUUGAGUUGAGAAGAGCGAAAGAGAAGCUGGAAAGAGAGCAGAAGGAGAGGAAAGAGACGGCCAGGUUGAAGUUGGAGAGGGAGAGGAAAUUUAAACAAGAGGCUAUUCGGCAGCGGGAAGCCAUUGAAGCCGCCCAACGCGCUCGCCGUCUUGAUGCUGCUGAAGCCGAAGCUAAGGCAAACCAGCAAACAGAGGAAAACCUUAUAGCUGGACGUGGAAUCGUUUUUUGCCGUGUUUUAGAAGCUGUGCCUUAUCAUGGGAGUGGAGAUAAAAUAAAACUGCCAUCAUCUUGUUUUACUGAAUUAUCUGAACAAGGUGCCUUUGAGAAAGGACCUUUACACUUCUCUUUGUCUGUGAUUCAUCAAAACAUUCCCUCAAAUGGAAACAAUGAAACACAUGCUGGUGUUUUGGAGUUCACUGCAGAGGAGGGUUUCACACAACUCCCCACUCACAUAUGGACUAAUCUAUUCCCUGCUGAACACGCUACUUCUCCUACAAUUGAAGUGCGGUAUGUGUGGUUACCAAAAGGAACUUAUGCAAGACUUCAGCCUGUUGAAACAGGGUUCUCCGACAUCCCUAACCACAAGGCUGUUCUUGAAACAAGCCUUCGACAACACGCCACACUAUCAGAAGGAGACAUUCUCACUGUAACACACGGUGUACUGACAUACCAUUUACGUGUUCUUGAGUUGAAACCUACUUCCAGUGUAUCUGUUUUGGAUACUGAUAUAGAGGUUGAUGUAAUAGGUGCGGACCCCACUUCAAAUGGAACCACAUCAAGUCAACCUAUACUAAGACCUCUAACAUUUGGGAAGCCCGAAAGUGGAGUCAUUGAGGAGGGAAACUAUACAUACUAUAAGUUCUCAUUAGAUGAAGGCACUUGGGAAAGGGUUUCCUCUGGGGAUGCUGAGAUAGAGGUGAAGAUAGACUCGACAGCAGAAGAUGGAGACACUGAUUUGUAUGUUUCCAGACACCCACUGUUAUUCCCAACACAACAUCAACACGGAUGGUCAUCCCAUGAUGUCGGUUCAAAAUCCUUGGUUCUUGGUUCCCAAGGCUUGGGAGUAGGUUCUUACACUAUUGGCGUUUAUGGUUUCAAGGGAACUACCAAGUUUUCACUUUCAGUGGCUGUUCAAGACAAGUUGAAGUCAAAGGUGGGACGACAAACAUCACAUGUUGAGACAAUGGACACUGUUGAAUGCCGGAAUUGCAAGCAUUUCAUACCUUCCAGAAGUAUAGUGCUACAUGAGGUUUACUGUGCAAGGCAUAAUGUAGUGUGUCAGUAUGUCAAUUGUGGGAUUGUUCUUAGGAAAGAUGAGGCAGAGAACCAUGUCCACUGUGGGAAAUGUGGACAAGCUUUUAAAAAAGAAGAGAUGGAGAAACAUGCAAAAGUUUUCCAUGAGCCACUUGCUUGCCCGUGUGGUGUUGUCCUUGAGAAAGAAAAGAUGAUGCAACAUCAAUCCUUUGAAUGCCAUUUGCGGUUAAUUACAUGCCGCUUCUGUGGAGACAUGGUUCAAGCUGGGAAUUCAGCCACGGUAAAUGCAAGAGACCGGCUGAGAGGACUUACAGAGCACGAGAGUUUGUGCGGGUCAAGAACAGCCCCUUGCGAUUCAUGUGGCCGAGCAGUUAUGUUGAAGGAUAUGGACAUUCACCAAAUCGCUGUUCACCAAAACAACUGAUACAAGCUAAUUAUGCUAUUCCACAUUCUUAUCUUUCCUUUCACAAGGAAGAAAGAGGGCCUAUGUUUAUCUGCUUCGUGCGCCUACAUAUUCUAUAUGAAUUUGCCAAAAAGAUGAACCAGAAAACUGCUGCUACUCUGAUCCCAGCCCUGAGUCGGUUGAUGCAAGCUGUUUUAUGCAACACCAGUUAUAUUUAUUUGUGGGCUAUUGUUAUAAUUACCAUUUUUUAGUAUGGCGCUCUGUCUCACAUUGUAGUUCAAUUUGUGUUCUAAGGAGUAUUUAAGUGAGAGAUGGGCAAAAUGGUUUGAUUCAAUCGAACUGAACCAAAUUGAAAAGUGAAAAUUGAGAUUUUGGUUUGGUUUGGGUUCACUGAAGUAAACUAUUUGGUAACAAUUUGUUCGAACGGAAUAGUUGGAUUUGGUAUGGUUUUAAAUUGAAAAACUGUCAAGUGAAGUGAACAAUCUUUAAUAUAUAUUUAAAUGCUUUGUAAUUGUCUUC